ACUUGUAAUAAUCGACUCUUCACUUUUCCCUUAAAAAAAAAACCCCCCAAAUCUCUGAAACCAACAAGCCACAAGUUAUGGCGGCUCUCUCUUCCGCGCAGUCUUGCCGUAUUUAUUCUUCUUUGCCUUCUUCUUCGUCGUCGUCGUCGUCAUCGCUGAAUUCGCUUCAACGCAUUGCCGUUUCGUCUCCGGCGACGAAACGUUUUCUUCCGGCCAAGGUUUCUCUGCAAUCGCAACCGGUUUCGCAUCGCAAUGUCGUCCGAAUGCAGCAGGAUGGUGCAGUGGCUACAACGGUGACGGCAGUUGGGAAUGACACUCCUUUCAACAAAUUGAAAGAAGGGCUUCUUUCGGUCACAUCCUCGGAGGAAUCUAAAGAGGCAGCUGGCGUUGAUGAUGACAAUGGAAAUGAAUCAACGGUCAGCAUUACAGUUGUUGGGGCCUCUGGGGACCUUGCUAAAAGGAAGAUAUUUCCUGCACUUUUUGCACUUUAUUACGAGGAUUGCCUCCCCAAGCAUUUUACUGUGUAUGGCUACGCGCGAAGUAAGAUUACUGACGCAGAACUUAGAAACAUGGUUAGUAAGACCCUCACUUGCAGAAUUGAUAAAAGGGAAAAUUGUGGCAAAAAGAUGGACCAGUUUCUUAAAAGAUGUUUCUACCAUUCUGGUCAGUAUGAUUCACAGCAAAACUUUGUAGAUCUAGACAAGAAACUAAAGGAACAUGAGGCCGGUCGGGUUUCUAAUCGCCUCUUCUAUUUGUCGAUUCCUCCAAACAUAUUCAUAGAUGCUGUAAGAUGUGCAAGCAUGUCAGCUUCCUCUGGUAAUGGCUGGACCAGGGUCAUUGUGGAGAAGCCCUUUGGUCGAGAUUCAGAAUCCUCUGCUGCUUUGACAAAAGCCCUUAAGCAAUACCUAGAAGAGGAACAAAUAUUCAGAAUAGACCACUACUUGGGAAAGGAGCUAGUGGAAAACCUAUCUGUUCUCCGUUUCUCUAACCUUAUUUUUGAACCUCUAUGGUCAAGGCAGUACAUAAGGAAUGUCCAAUUGAUAUUCUCUGAAGAUUUUGGCACCGAAGGUCGUGGAGGGUACUUCGACAAUUAUGGUAUAAUAAGAGACAUAAUGCAGAAUCACCUGCUGCAGAUACUAGCCCUCUUUGCAAUGGAAACCCCUGUUAGUUUGGAUGCAGAAGAUAUCAGAAAUGAGAAGGUAAAAGUUCUACGUUCAAUGAGGCCGUUGCAACUUGAAAAUGUGGCUGUGGGGCAAUAUAAAAGUCACACAAAAGGUGGUGUCACUUACCCAGCCUACACAGAUGACAAGACUGUACCCAAGGACAGCUUAACUCCAACAUUUGCGGCAGCUGCCCUCUUUAUAGAUAAUGCAAGAUGGGAUGAUGUGCCUUUUCUAAUGAAGGCCGGAAAAGCAUUACAUAAUAAAAAGGCUGAGAUAAGAGUACAGUUUAGGCAUGUUCCUGGCAACUUAUACAACCGAAAUUUCGGGAUAGAUCUUGAUCGAGCUACAAAUGAGCUUGUUAUUCGUGUACAACCUGACGAAGCUAUUUAUCUGAAGAUCAAUAACAAGGUCCCUGGUCUGGGAAUGAGAUUGGGCCGCAGUAACCUAAAUCUUCACUAUGCAGCGAGAUACUCAAAAGAGAUUCCGGACGCUUACGAGAGGCUAUUGCUGGAUGCUAUUGAAGGGGAAAGAAGGUUGUUUAUCCGAAGUGAUGAAUUGGAUGCUGCUUGGGCACUGUUCACACCUUUGUUGAAAGAGCUUGAAGAGAAGAAGAUAAUUCCCGAGUACUAUCCGUACGGUAGUAGAGGUCCUGUUGGGGCCCAUUAUCUUGCAGCAAGAUACAAUGUGAGGUGGGGUGAUGUUGGUGUAGAGCAAUGAAGCUGUUACUUCCCAAAUCAGUAUGAAAUUGGAGUUAGAAGUAGAGGGGUCAGUCAGUGCUUGAUGUUUGUGGUUCGCCAGCAAUACAAGGACUAGAACUAGUGAGCUUUUUUAAGUCGUCCAAAGUUCUGAAGUGGUAGAAGCAAGAGGAAAGAAGAAAAGACGAGAAAAUGUUGAUAGAAAAGAGUUUAUGAGUUUUCUUAACAGUUAACACAAUAAUUGUGACUUGAGAGCAACACGCUAGUGAGGAGCGGGAAUUUCUUUUGCCCUGAUUUCUCAAGUUUCUCAUAUAUAAAGGGGACACCGAUCUUCAGGUCAAUCAUAAAAAUGAGAGAAGACUCGAUGAGAUUGAGAGGUGUGUGAUUUUCUCUUGUAAACAACUUCUCGUUAUUGGCAUGCUUUCAAAAGUCGUCUGGAUGGUUUACUGCUCAUGACUUGAGGUAGCACCUGGUCUCUUUGCCUUUUGCAUUAAGAGCUGCCAGAAGUCAAGCCAGUGCCCCGCUGCCUUCUCACGGCUUUAUCCAUCUCGCAUAAAUGGUUACGAGAAUUUAGAAACCAUAGCUUAUAUUGGAGGGAAAAGUGAACUACGUAUGAUAGCCAAUCUUCAAAGCAAUGUUUGUUUCAUG